AUGGGUAUGCACAUUAAUACUCGAGCACGAAAAAAGAUUACUUUUAUUCGUGAUAAAAAGUACACCAUUUUACCUGCUCUUUUGCUAGAUGGUUUUUUGGCUGUUGAAAUUAUGGAAGGUAAUUGUGAUAAAGAGCGGUUUUGUGAAUUUAUUUUGUUGCAAGUAAUUCUCGUGAUGAAUCCUUUCUCUGAAAAGAAUAGCGUUAUUGUUCUUGAUAACGCAAAGAUUCAUCAAAAUGAAACGUUUGUUAAUAUAGUGGAAGAACUUGGAUGCCAUGUAAUUUUCCUACUGCCUUAUUCUCCUGACUAUAAUCCUAUAGAAACUGCCUUUAGUAAUAUUAAAAGUUGGAUUAAGAGGAAUAGGGACUUUAUGAAUGCUGCGAAUGAUCCAUUUUAUGCAUUCAUAGUAGCAUGUGCACAGAUUACAUCCGAAAUGGUAGUAAACUUUUUUCAUGAAUCGGAUUAUUUAGAAUAA